AUGCGCAUCCGUGGGGAAGCGCUGAGCCGAGGCACCCGGGCAGAAGAAGCCACGAGAGGAAUACUCCGACAAAGAGCAACUCCCGGUGGGGGUUAUCCCGGCCACAUGGCGACCGCUCGUGCCGUGACGGGAGCCCCCGCUGCGGUAACGUGCUGGACGCCUAUACUGGCAAAGCCUGCAUACAGCACAGCCAGCCAGCAGAUGUGGGAGCUGAUAAGGUGGAAGCCAUCCGCCUUCAAGAGGAAGCACCUAGGAAGGGUGUGGAGCAGAGCAGUGUGGAGGACGGCCAGCCGGCAGAUGUGGACACUGCCACGGUGGGGAAGGUACACUCACCUGAGGAGGCAAUCAGGCAGAGAUAAAGGAGACCUGCACUAA